AUGGCCACAGAGCGCACUUUUUCUUUGGACCAUGAGCAGCCCUGUGAUAGCUCUGGCCCACAGCUGCUGUCUGCCAUGCCAUCAGAGGACACUCCCCUUGAUGGGCCAGACCGGGACACGGAGGAAUGGCAUAUAAGAUUCAGAGCCUUCAGCGGGUCAGAGUGUUCAGACCCCAUCCAGGAUCUGAGGACACUCGUCGAGUUGUGUCACGGAUGGCUGAGGCCAGAUCUGCACACCAAAGAGCAGAUCAUGGACAUGCUGGUGCUGGAGCAGUUCAUGAUCUCCAUGCCCCAGGACCUCCAGGUCUUAGUCAAGGAAAAUGGCGUGAGGAGCUGCAGACAGCUGGAAGAGGUACUGAGAAGCCACAGGGAGCCCAAGCAGUGGACUGUGGUCGUCUUGAAUGGACAGAAAUUUCUCCAGCAGAAUUCCGAUGUGCAGAUGGUCAAAGUUGAGACCAGCGAUACGAAUGAUGUGACUGACUUCUCUCUCCAGCACCAGUCCUCUGUGAGCGAGAUCCAUCCUGAGGAAAGCCAGCAGAUGAACCAAACGAUGCAGGACCCAACAAGGGGAGCGAGGUUUAACUAUAGCUCUCAGUUGGUCAUACACCAGAGGACACACACGGGAGAGAGACCUUACCAGUGUGAGUCCUGUAAGAAGGGCUUCAUGCAGGCCUCAGACCUGCGAGUCCACCAGCGAAUCCACACCGGCGAGAAGCCCUACACGUGUGAAGUCUGCAGCCACAGGUUCACCCACGAGGCCAGCCUGGUCACUCACAGGCGGAUCCACACCAACGAGCGGCCGUACAAAUGUCGGCACUGCGGCAAGUGCUUCAGCCACAAGGGGAACCUGAACGUCCACCAACGCAUCCACACUGACACGAAGCCCUACCAGUGUGACACGUGUGGCCGCGCCUUCCGGCAGCUGGGGACUUUCAAUCGCCACAUGAGGAUCCAUUUAAAAGCAGAGACCCAGGAAUCGGGUCUUGGGCCUCAAGAAAGCCAAUGA